AGAAAGUGGUACGCAAUUUAGUGGGGACAAAAAAAAAAAAAAAAUCACUUCUUUGUUGUAAUCGCGCUAGUUUCAUUUAAAUUGACGUUGCAUAUGUCUUUCAGUCUUUGUAGUUUGUAUUCUCACAAAACGGAAAAAAAAAUAAAUAAAUAAAAUAAAAUAAAAAAAAUAAAAAAAAUCAUUAACCAUUAUUUUAGACCUGGUCUCUAAUUGAAGCCUCACAAAAUGGAAAAAGAAGAAGGAAACUCUUGCGGGGCAGCUGCAGAUCAUCAUGAUGAUCGUGAUCUUGAUCUCGGCAGGAUUUCUCUCCGGGCGUUCGAUCUCUCCGACGUCGACGACUUCACGUCAUGGGCCGGCGACGAAAAAGUGUGCCGUUUCUGCAGUUGGGAGGCCCGUUUCAGCAAAGAAAACGGCUUGGAGUUGCUCAAGAGCAGGAUCUUUUACCAUCCUUGGUGCAAGUCAAUAUGCCUUGGUGACAAGUCAAUAGGUGAUAUUUCAGUGACGCCUAAUUCGGGUAGUGACAGGUGUCGGGCCGAGAUUGGCUAUUCUGUGGGGUCGGCUUAUUGGAACAAAGGGAUUGCCACGUAUGCAGUGAAAUUGGUGGCCAAUGCAAUAUUUUGGGAGUGGCCACAUUUGGAGAGGCUUGAGGCUCUUGUGGAUGUGGAAAAUGUGGCUUCUCAAAGGGUUCUUGAAAAGGCUGGUUUUGAGAGAGAUGGUGUUCUUAAGAAGUAUUAUAUUCUCAAGGGGAAUACUAGGGACAUGGUUAUGUAUAGUUUUAUUCCUAAGCAUGAGUCUUAAACUUAAAUGAAGAGUUUAAAUUUGGGUGUUUGAUUAAUUUUGGAGAAAUUAA